AGGUUUUAUGGUUUGGGAGAAGUCUUACCAGAAAACCAGCACAGCACUGAGUUCGGUCAUAACACAGUUGGAUGGUGUGGCAUUCACCAAUUUCUCUGACGACGAGCUCAAAGUUAAGCAAGAAUACAAGCACCUCUAUCGUCGUAUCUGGGAUGUGGCGGACGAGGUAUUCCUCGAGCACGAAAACAACGCCUUUUUUGUCAUGACGAAUGUCAUCAUCACUCCGAAUCAGACAAUAGGACACUGUCCAGAGAACAACGAUGUUUUCGGAGCACCAUGUGACCCAAAUGUUCCUCCCUUUUGUCCUGUGGGAGAACCCCUGAAGCAUGGGACGAUGACCGGUAAAUGCACCCUCAACAAUUCAACAAGGGACUACACCUGUGAGAUCAAUGCAUGGUGCCCCCUGGAGAACUACACCAAGCCCCUGUAUGCUUUUGCCUCUUCAUCAUCUGUCAUGACAGCGCUCCUGAAAGGCAACUCACGGAGAAAUGUCUUGGACAACUACACUGAAGAAGUUCUGAGGACCUGUUACUUUCACCCGAAGGAAGACCGCUUUUGCCCUAACUUCAAAAUAGCCACAAUUCUUCAAGAAGCUGGGAUCAACGAUUUCAACGAUAUUGGCGUCUCGGGUGGAUCCGUGGAGAUAAGGAUAAACUGGAACUGCGACUUGGACUACGACAUAAAAGACUGUCUUCCGGAGUAUGAGUUUCACCGACUUGAUCAACCAAAAGUCAACUCCACUAACGAACCCUACUGGAACUUCCAGUAUGCUAACUUCGACGCAAAUAACGACACCUUCCGCACCCUCUUCGACGUUUUUGGGAUCAAGUUUUGGGUGAACGUGUAUGGAGAGGGUGGAAAACUUAACUAUUGGAAAAUAUUUGUGACCAUUGCAAGCCAAUUCACAUAUCUCACCAUGGCUACGGUUGUGAUUGACUGGAUUGCAUCCACGUGCUGCUUCCCCAGGAUGACCUGGAAGGACUGCUGCUGCUGUCGAUGGAGACUGUGCUGCAACUACAGCUCAAAAUUCGAAAUGAACAAAUACGAAGAAAUUUUCGAUGAUCACUACCCCGUCUGGAAGGAUGAUGGGAAUCUGGUCGAAGAGAUAUCUUCCCUUAAGGAGAAAAUUAAGAAUGAAGCAAUCACCAUGAAGGACUUCGAAGAGGAAAUCAACAAGCUCAUCUCUAGAAUCAAAGGAAACAUGAAGAGAAUCGAGAAAGUGGCAUAUGAACUGUGCAAAGAUAAGUGGAAAUCGGGUGUGGUGUACUUUGAGGUUCGGUAUUGCCCUCAUCUUCUCUUGAAUGACGAACUCCUGAAAAACCCAUACGAAUGGGAAGUCAUGGACGGGGCAAGAGAGGUGAUUCGGGCAGUACAAAAGGGCUUGAAUAGGGGAAAAAUGGAUUUUGGAGUGGAUUCCCGAUCAAUUCUUGUCUGCAUCCGAGGAAUGAAAGGAUGGUCGUCUGAUAUCCUGCGCUUGGCCAAGGAGUUCCAAGAUGCCGGCGUCGUUGGGAUAGACAUGGCGGAGAGGGCACUGUCCAACGUGGCCCAACAGAUCAAGUCUCAAAAUGCUCAGUUGAAGAAGAAGGUGAAUAAUGAAGAGGCCUCAGGGCCACCAGACCAGGGCCAGCAGAACGAGUCCCAAAAUCCCGACGAAAUUAAGAGCGACUCGCCUAAGGCCUCGUCCGGAGAAGGUCUGGUGGGAUCAAAUCGAUUGUAA